AUGGAUGAGAAGAGAAAGAAAAAACUAGUGGAAGCUACUCAAUCCGAAAGCACUGACACCGUUAUUGAUCCUCCAUCUCCCAUCAAACGACAUGUGAAGUGGAAGCUAGCCCAUACUAAGAAAACUGGUGACAUGACAUCUGAGGCAGCAAAGGAAAUUGCUGACAAGAUUGAUGCGCUUGAGGAGCAGGCCUCACAGGGUUCCUUUGUUACCCAUGGACGUCAUGAUAUACUGACUGCUGCCAUUGGGCGACCAGAACACCCUGGUCGUGUGCGUGCUGUAGGAGCCGGUAUAACCAUCAAGCAAUACUUUGGAUCGGCUUCAAGGACCUCCUUCAUUGCUCCCGAAUAACUGCAACAGUUGACGCAACAAAUCAAGGACCAGCUGGAGGAUUCAAUCAUAGAAAAAGUCACUCGACGGCUAAUGUUAUCCCUCAGCCAAAUGCAAUCACAGGAACUCGCACUGCCUCCUGAACCUGGUGUUGGUCCUUCAACUGCUCGUGUUAGCACAAAGGAGAGUUGUGUUGAUCCCUCAGGGAACGAUCCAGACACGAGUGACUCAUACAAAUGCGGGUUGUAUAUUGAAAAAUAUCGUCCUCGCCUGGUUGCCCUAGGAAGAGUUUAUGAGGGAUCCACAAUCAUUCACAACAUUCCUUUGCUGCAUGAUCAAGUCAAGGUUGGUGUUGAGGAGAUUAGAGAUGUAGAUGCUCCUAUUCAUGUACCCACUAAAGAGGUUAAGGUCAUGGGACAGACUCUUAACACAUUCCUUGCUUGGCCGACACAUCUUGUCAAGCGUUUAUCAGAACAGAUAUUUUAGUGUCAUUAAAUGCUUAAUUUUCCAAUUAAAAUGUUUA